UACUUGUUCCAUGUAGCUUUUGCUCAUUGUUCAAGUCGUUGUAUAACGUGGCAUUCGAUUUGUGCUGGUUGUAUUUUUGGAAUUUCUCGUGUUUCAGUUACUGCCUAGCUGUGUUACUGGAUGUUUGAUAGUGCGCUUGCUUGCAUCGUAUAUCUUAUUGUGCACGGUUUCGCGCUGUUAAUUUUCUAUUGAUUUGCAUUGUACUUCGCCUUUACAUGAUAUGCCUUGAGUUAAAUAUGCGGAUGAACCACCUGGUGUCCAGGAGAAAUCAAUAAUUACGAUUCGUUCGAUAGGAAGGAAGGAAAAUAGAAAAAAAGAGAGGUGUUUUCAAGGCAAUCAUAGUGCAUUGACUUUGGCAGAUUGAAUAAUUCUGGUUCUAUAACAAGCUAUGCUAGCCGCAGCUUGUGGCAACUUACUUUGGUCCAUACAACUACGUAAUUGGUUUGAGCAAGGCUUGGCAUUGAGUCUAUUAUAGCGCAAGAAUUAUAGCUGGAAUAAUUUUCGCACUUGUCUUAACAUAAACUAAUAGCCAGACAGUUGAUGUUGCAAUGACAGAAAAGGAAUACACAGGUCGGAAUGAAUAGCAGCAGCGGAAGCAGCUCAAGUAAAACUGGUUCUUUAAAUUCCAAAUUUGUGUGUUUGUUUAUCAAAGAAACGUAUCUACAUUCCAAUGCCCACACCACACAGGCAAAUAAAUUUUUGUCACGAGCACAAAACGAAUAUUAAAUACAACGAAUAACUUUUUCAAUUUUAUACAAAUUAAAAAAAAAAAAUUCUGUUAUGACCAAUUUUCGGAAUUGUUAUUAAUAAUGUGAACUAUUUUAUAAUUUAAUGACGAAUAUUUUAAAUUCAAACUCUAAUAAUUUAUACAAUAUGAGUGACAUCACUUGCGGCAAAAUUAAUCACAGCACUAAUAGUGCCAACAAUACGUCAACAACGCGUACAUCCACCAAAGCUAAUAAACCAUUUUGUUCUCUGGCAUAUCUUGCCAAAAGUACUGUAGCCAUUAAUGGCAACAAUGACAUAAGAGUCGUCAAUGGUCAUAGCAAUUGUCCGGCUGCGAUGCCGAACGUAGCUGUCACAGCGAAGUUAACUGAUCGGGGUUCACCGUCGUUACCAACGGAAACUGCAACUAUUAUAAAUGAUCAACAACCCUUACAAUGGCAAAUAACCGACACCGAGAACCUUGCCCAAAUCAAUAAUGCGAAUGUUGAAAAGUCUCCCAAAUGUAAUGGUCAGAACGAAGUUGACAAAGUGGCCGAUGUUUUUGGAAUUAUUAAUGAAGAAGAUAAAAACGCUCAUGGACAAGUUGACGCUGACAUCUUAGACGUGAGACGUCCUUGGGAAUUGGCUAAUGGUAGUUUUGUGCGCCGCGUACCAUCAUCGUUGAUGACUACUCAGCAAAAUGCCCUCAACGGUUUGGCAUCAUUAACGAAAUUAAAUAGUUUGGAUUGUUGGGAUUAUACUAUAGAGCUUGAAUGUUUAAAUGGACCACAAGAUUUGCAAUUGGCCGCUGAAUUGGGUAAAACAUUGUUGGAGCGUAAUAAAGAGUUAGAGACCCUUUUAAAGGAAUAUAAGCACACAAUUGAAGAGCAAGAACAGGAAAUUGUGUAUUUGAAAAAACACACAACAGCCUUACGUGAAGUCAAUGAUUCCCGUCUUAAGGUUUACGAACAAUUAGAAGUCGGUAUUCAAGAAUUGGAACGAGCAAAUCAUCGUUUACUUGUUGAAAAUACCAGCGAUAAGAAACAUAUUAAAACGCUUUCGAAUAAUACUGAAACCCUUGAGGGACGUUGCGAGGAAUUAACAAAGCAAUUAGAAGAAGUACGUCAAGCUUUAACUGCAGAACGUCGCAAAAAUGAACGCUUCUUAGCCGAGCAUAUCAAAGCUGAUGGUAGCGAUGUGACUGUUGUAAAACUAAAACACACUUCUCAAAAAAAAUCUAACGAAGGGACAGUUGAUACCACGCUUCCGGUUAAUUAUGACCCGAGUGCUACAGCGCCCGAAAAUUUUAGUUUCACCUUUCAAUCGUCUGUUGCUGGCCGAAAUGCUAAUUCCACUAGUAUAAUUAGUGGUGAUGGCGGCGGUGAUCACGAGAAUUCAUAUAAUCUGAAUAUGGCGUGUAGCAGUGAUGGUAGUGAUGAAAUUAUCAAACUGGUUAACGAUUUGGAGUCCACCAAACGUGCUUUUAUGACAGAGCAACAACGCUGUAGCGAACUGGAAGAACAGUUGGUAGCCAUAAUUCAAGAAAACCAAACUCUGCAGGGACGUAUAGCCCAAUCAAGUACCACUGAGGAAAUGCGAUCGAUGCAUGAUGAACUUUCUGUAUUAGAUGAAGUGCGUCAAGGGCAAAUGUGUAGCCGUUGUUUGCGGUCAAUGGAUGAUCGAAUUACUUUCAAUGAUGAGCAAUCAUCAAUGGCUCCUACCGAAGAGUGUGAAGAGGAUGAGGAACGCAGCCUUCUCGGGCUGGAAAGUAACCGCGACGAUAACGCUAGUGAACAUUCCCAAGCAGAAUAUAGGCAUUCUAUGACUAUAAAGGUAAUACCGCAAAUACCUGAUUCUUUGGAUCUACAUGCUCCUGGCAGUCCGAAUCCGUAUCGUGAUUUGGUUGAGAAAUAUGAGGCUCUUUUGGAAGUACAGAGAUCAUCGCUGGCUCACAAAGCAAAUAAUGGUAUGUCGUUGGCCGAAGAAUUCCAAUCAUCUGGAGAAUUCAAUCAAGCUCAAAAGCGAAUGUUUCAAGAGGCCGGAGGCGGGCCAUCGACAAACGGCGACGCUGCUAGUAGUUGCAAUGGCAGCCUUUCCAAUGCCGCGUCUAGUAAUGCUAAGACUCAUAAGAAUCGUGGACGUACUCCUACUGAAUUUUCAGAAGCUGAAACUUCUUCGUCUGGCUUCUCGGAUGAAACAAGCAAUAAAUACACGCAAACUGAUGAUAGGCCUGGUUACUUUCUCUGUUCUAUCGGUGAUGGAGAAGACUGCAAGUUUAGUAUUUAUGAUGACGUCAGCCCCAUUGAUUCUCGUUUCCGUAAUCGUCCUGAGUAUCGUGAACUUUUUAAAGAGAUUUUUGCUGUCUUAAAAAAGGCAGCCGAAAAUAAAGAAGAAGGAGAAAAACUGCCUUUACUCGACGAUACGCAUCCAACCAGUUCCGUUGCUGUCGCUGCCAGUAAGGUGCCGCCCGUUACUCCUGCCAACGAAGAACUGCCUGUUGAUUUUGGUGAUGAUAGCCAGAGUGUAAUAUCAUCAGCUAUUUCUGAGCAGUCAUUUGCUAUGUCCGAAUGCAUUACGAAAUUAGAGCGUAAAACAGCUAAAAAGCAUAUAAACGAAAAGAAUCAAGAAAAUAAACCACCCAUCGCAGCUUCGAUUUCACAAUUGGCCUCUUCGAAUGUAAAACAAAUCGUGGAGAAUGGAAGAGUAUUGACCCCAUUGAAGCGGGAGCCAUUGGACUACUUAUCGGUUGGUGUUGGCGUUAAGAAAAAAAAUCGUCGCAAAAAUCGAAACUUUUCGAACGAUCGUUCGGAAUCACCUUUGGCUUUGCCUACCCCUCCACGUAUUUAUGUGGGAAGCGGAAAGAAACGCCGAGAAAUGCGUCCAUUUGUUGAUACGUCUACUGCUUCCGGUUCACCAAGCCAGCAAAGUCAAAAUAAUUCGCCUGGCAUUAAUUCACGUGGUGGUCGUAAUGGUACCAAAUAUGAGUGGAACGGUAACUCAAUGAUAAUUUACAAUCGCUCAAUACGUGGACGAAAUAGUGUAGACGCGUCUGCAGGCAUUGAAUAUCGGCCCAGUACAGUCUCCCAAGACUUACAUAAAUUGAAGAAACUUGAUUUAUCAUAUGCAGAAGUUCUGCGACGAGCCGAUGCCUGUAAUCAGCAUCAUCAGCAACAGCAACAAUUAAGAAGAAGAAGUCACCAUCGCCAUUAAAACUGGGAGACAGACCAUAUGCUCAAUUCGUUUAAGUGAUUGUAAAUGUUGUGUCUCUGGUAUAAAUUACUUUUCCGCAUUAUAUCCUCACACCCCUUAUACAAACUUGUCUUAAAGUACAAUAAUAUCCAAUGAAUGCCGGAGCUCAUAUACUCCUCCACCCUUUAAAACCAACUGCCUUUGGUUAAAAUCAUCGAUUACCAGUUUAUUAUCUAUUUUGCUAUUGUUUCAAAUUGCUUGCAGUUUUAUGCAAUAUUUUAUGUAAACUUUUUAUAAUCAAACACAAACAAGAAAUUACUCCCCUUUUUUAAUAUUGAAAUUUUGAAACAAUCCCAAACGAGGUGAACCUGCUUACUAUUUUUAGUUCAGCGCACAAUCUUCAUAAGAAUUAUUUAAUAAAAGAAAUUUUUUUACAUUCUUCUUUUUUGUAUUUCUAAAAACUUCUGUAAAUAGUAUGCGGUAACGAAAUGGAAAUCUAAAAUUAAAUUAACUAUUUCAUGUCUCUUCUACGAAAGUUUCCUCAUAUACUUUUGAAAACCUUCUAAGUAAGACAUUUAAAAAAAAAAUGAUAAGCAACAACAAAAAAAAAAAAAAAAAAGAAGAAAAGAAAACAAAGAACUUCGAAUAGACAUCGCAUUGAGAUGCGUUCGCGCAAUUAUUCAAUCGAGUAAAACAUUAUACGAAAAUGAUUAAACUAAACAUUUAACUGAAAAUAGUCGACAUUUAUAUAUUAGAAUAAAAAGAUUUUUGAAAAUUUA